AUGCGGUUACUGCAGCGUGCCGGCGUGUCUCUCUCACGAAGAGGGCUGCGCACACCCCCCUUUGUGCGCUAUGCGAGCCAGGCGGCAGCAAAAGCGCCUGCUGCAGGCAUGCUUUUCCCCUGCGUCGACAGGAACGAGCUUCGCGAUCGUGAACUGCGCACCGCAAAAGAGCGCGGUGUCGAGGCGAGCGAAGCAGUCGGAGCGAGCGCGAGCGGCUUUGGGCCCGAGCCAGCGUACCAAAAGGUUGUCGCUGGGUACGAGCUUUUCGAAUACCUCCACGAGUACCCGUUGGACUAUGGCAGCACGCUCCCCUCGUUCAAAAUCGCGUAUGAGACGUGGGGCACUAUGAACGAGGCAAAAGACAAUGUGAUCCUGCUGCAUACAGGCCUUUCUGCGAGCUCGCAUGCGGCCAGCACGGCGAAGAACUCAGCCGAAGGCUGGUGGGAAACCUAUAUUGGCCCUGGCAAGGCACUGGAUACCAAUCGGUUUUUUGUAGUGUGCACCAACGUGCUCGGUUCCUGCUAUGGAAGCACAGGCCCCUCGAGUCCGUACCCUCUCGACCCGACCGGCGAGCCGUACGCCACACGAUUUCCCGUGCUCAGCAUCUUCGACAUGGUCCGCGCGCAGUUUUUGCUCCUGGACCACCUUGGCGUGGACAAACUGUAUGCGAGCAUUGGAUCGAGCAUGGGCGGAAUGCAGAGUAUUGCCGCGGCGCAUUUGUACCCCGACAGAGUUGCACGCAUGGUUAGCAUUAGUGGCACUGCACGGUCUGCGCCCUCCGGCAUUGCACUUCGGCAUGCACAGCGGAGUGUCCUGAUGGCGGACCCAAAUUGGAACCGCGGAUACUACUACGGUGCUGGACAGAACCUACCGCAUACUGGAAUGAAGCUUGCGCGCCAGAUUGCCACUGUCACCUACCGCUCCGGUCCCGAAUGGGAGCAGCGAUUUGGCAGGAAGCGACGCAGCUUGGACAUUGACUCGAAAUCUCCGCGCGAUCGCGUGCCUGCACUGUGCCCUGACUUCAUGGUAGAGACGUACUUGGACCACCAAGGCGAGCAAUUUUGCCUUAAGUACGACGCAAAUUCGCUCAUCUACAUUUCCAAGGCGAUGGACUUGUUCGACAUGUCCGACGAUGCACUGGCCGAGCUCGGCGAGACGCGCUUUCUUUCCCACGGCGAGGAUGGCGGGCUGCCCAUCGUGCCUACGCAAGUCGCGCAUGCUGAGCUGCGGCGCAAGCACAUCUCCACCAUCUCGAAUCCCGGAGCACACACCUAUAUCCCUGCACUCAAGCGCGGCCUGCGCCGCCUCAACCAUAUUCCUGUGCUGAUCCUCGGUGUCCAGAGCGACAUUCUUUUCCCUGUCGAGCAGCAGCGAGAGCUGGCCGAUUUGUGA